CAACCCCUCUCCUCUCUGUCGGCCUCUCUCUUUCUGUCCCACUCGCUCAGCAGUUAACCAGCUUAAGCUCUGAAACUUUGACUCAAGAAUUUCCUGGAAACAAACUGAAACCGUGCAGAAUUUUGAAAUUAACAAGAACAAUAAAAGCAAAAAACAAAGAAGUAUUUACUGGAUUUCGUUCCUUGGAUUUUUCUCCUGUGGGGAAGGUUUUAGUGUAUUUUUAGACCUGCUGUGAUCCAGCUUAACCACAAUUGCUGUGCGCUUUUUGCUGCCGGAUUUGAGUGUUGCCUCCAUCGUCUUUUUCUCACAAUCAACCGGGGCCAAAGAGGAUUUAACGAAGGAGUUACAUGCGCGUUUCUAUGGUAACGGCGCAUUUCCAGAGCCUUUGAAGGACUGAAGGUUAUCACUGAACAUCCAGCAGACUCAAAGCCCAAGCUCGCUUCAACAAUGAGCAGUCAAACCGACGGUGGGGAGGAAGCAUCUCCUGCUCAGACCAAUCAGAAGUCAUUCUUGGAUGAAGUCAUUCUGACCUUCAGUUCACCGAUGGCCUGGCUGCUGGUUGUGGCUCUGAUCAUCACAUGGUCGGGAGUCGCCAUCGUUCUCUUUGAUCUGCUCGACUAUAAAACGCUGACAGAGUACACAUCAUACUGUGACGACCCCGUGUGUUUAUCUCCUGGUCUCCCUCCUCCUCCCGCCAUUGCCAAGAGGGGUAUGAAGGCUAGAGCUGGUUAUCGCCCAGUAAAAUCGAGCCCUGUUGGAGUCCCGGCCACUCAGGAGAGCACCGAUUGGUUGGAGAUGAUCUGGACUUUUGCGGCCAGUUUGGUAGCUCCUGAUGAGGAGGAGGAAGGUAUUCACCAGCUAACUGAAACCCUCACAUCUUUCCACUCUGACGAGCUCUGAACAAGAGGAGUGUGGAUAGAGGACAAGAAGUAUGAAGAACAAGAGAGACGAAGGAGAGAGCAAAGAGAGACGAGUGUCUGAAGUAGAAGAGAGGAUGUAAGGAAACAGAAUGAUGUAGGAUGUACAGUUUAUCACAGUUAUGUUUCUGUUUGUCUGUUGUUAAUUGGAAUUUGAUGAAUAAAAAACUGACAAUUCGA